GCCAACGCUCCGAGCGAGCAUUAGAGGGCUUGCCUGAACCCUCCGCGCCCGGGCCGGCGAGCAGCGGGGCAGGGAUCGAUCCCACAUCUGUGCGGGCGGCAGGGAUCGAUCCCACAUCUGUGCGGGCGGCAGGGAUCGAUCCCACAUCCCUGCGGGAGGCAGGGAUCGAUCCCACAGGGAGCGCACAGCCGCUGGAAGCGCAGCUGCGGUGCCGGGAGCCCUUCCCCGGCGCGGGCAGCAUGAGCCCCGCGGGCAGCACCGUGGUGUUCUCCGCGCUGCUGCUCCUGACGCCCGGGAUUCCAGCGCUGGUGGAAUCGUGCAGCUGUGCCCCCGCGCACCCGCAGCAGCUCCUCUGCGACUCGGCUCUGGUGAUUCGAGCAAAAAUAUCCAGUGAAAAGGUGGUUCCUGCCAGUGAUGAUCCCCUUGAUACCCACAAAAUGAUCCGGUAUGAAAUCAAACAAAUAAAGAUGUUUAAAGGAUUUGAAAAGCUCAAGGAUGUCCAGUAUGUCUACACCCCUUUUGAUUCGUCACUCUGUGGAGUGAAAUUAGAAGCCAACAACAAAAAACAGUAUCUUCUGACAGGCCAAAUUUUAAGCGAUGGCAAAGUCCUCAUCCAUUUGUGCAACUACAUUGAACCAUGGGAUGAUUUAUCCUUGUCUCAAAAGAAGAGUCUGAAUCAGAGAUAUCAAAUGGGCUGUGGCUGCAAGAUAACCACCUGCUACAUGGUGCCCUGCUCCAUCACUGCCCCCAACGAGUGCCUCUGGACAGACUGGCUGAUCGAGAGGAAGCUCUACGGGCACCAAGCCAAGCACUACGCCUGCAUCAAGAGGAGUGAUGGCACCUGCAGCUGGUACCGAGGUGGGCCCCCCCCCGAGAAAGAGUUCAUUGAUAUCAGCGAACCUUAAAACCAGCACUUCCUAAAAAGCCUUGGAGUCUCAUUCCAUCCACCACUGCCCGCUCCCAGCUUUGAACUGCCAUCGUCUAAUGUAUCUGUUGCUUAGAAACACAAACAAAUUGUCCUGUACAGUAAAGUCCCAGUCUGUGGGACUGGCACUGGCGUAAGACAAGGGACAAACCUCCUGGGGGUACCUACUCUGUGCUGUUAUGCUUUGCACAGAGGCUUGAGCUGAGAAAGCUCCUCUGUGUCCUCCAAGGCAUAACAGGUUCCCUUUGCCAAUAUGAAUGUACAAGAACAAAAGAGUUGCCAGAAUUUGUCCCCCGUUUGAUAACCUACAGAUUGAGAGCACCCCGUGUUGUAUUCCAAAUCUUUCCAUUGAACUACGGAAUGUUUUAUAGAACUAUUUUUUUUCUGUAUGAAAGUCUUUGAUGCAAAAGAAUUAUUGUACAGUGUAUAUGUAAAGUAUUAUAACAAUGUGCUAUUAAAAAAAAGAUUCACAAAUAUUUCCUUACCUGUUGAAACAAGUUGAACACUUCUGGGAUUAAAACAAUCUGUGCUCCACAUUUUGUAUAUUCCUUAUGUCACAGCUUUCUUUAUCUAUGGAGCUGUAACAUUCAGUGAUAACUAAGCUAAGAAACAGCCUUGAUAUACAAAAGCCUCUUCCCAACUCAGCAUUCCUAUGAACUAGCCACACCUUGCUGAAAGAAAAGUCAGAUCUUCUAAUGCUUCAGCAUUUCAUGGAACCAACACAAAUGAUGAUAGGCUGAAACUGCUCAUAUUUACAGAAAACUUGUCCACCCUCAGGGCAGCUGCAGCACUUGCUAAUGCCUCUCUCAAUAUGUGACCAGGUCAUUGUAUUCCAGCACUGUUAAAAGCCUUGGCUUUAGAAACUCAUGUGAAAACAUUGCAAUAGAUACUGCACUUACACAGCAAGUGAUUUCUGAAAGCUUUCAAAUAUUUGAUCAUAUUUAAUGAUUUUUCAUUCAUGAAUACCUAUUGUAGUCUGUCACAGUGAAUUUGGCUGCUUGUGAACUUGUACUAGAGAAGUGUUACGACACAUUUUGCCUUUUAUUUUUUUAAUGCCUUAACUUUUCUAAAUUGAUUCCUGUAGCUAGUAGCUAAUCUCACACAUAUCUAAGUUUACAAAAGUAAUUAAAUUCACAGCAGUGAAACUUCAGAAACUAUUUCAGUAAAUGCCAAAGUUCAGACAGUUGUCCAGCUCCUUGUGUCCCAGAAACUGGGGCAGAACCCUCAGGCAGGGUGGGAAUCUCUAAUAGCUGCCAUGUCUGAUGUAUUUUACUCUCCCCAAUUUUCUAUAUUGGAUUUCUUUCACUUCAUUCCAAUUUUGUCUAGAAUUACUCUUGAGUAUUCCUUACAUGAGACUUUAGAACACAGGCAGAGAUUUAGACAGUUCUGCUCUCAUUUGGUUGGAUCAGGUCUAUUGAAAGGGUUAACAUCCUUUACCGGUUCCUGUUAACCCCAGGGUGACAUUCCCAGCCUGGGGGCUCAGUCAGAGCCACCACAUUAUUGCUCAAGGGUUUUCCAAAUAGUUCCUCAAAUCUGUUUGCUGUAGACUCCUAAUAAAACCACUGGGACUUGAACUUGCAAAUAAUAUGUGCACAUCUUUAAGUGCACAGACAUCUCUCAUGCCAUUCAAUUCAACGAGGUAGUAGUUUGGCCAUGAAAUUCAGCAAGUCCCAUGCAACAUAGAACACACUAAGGUAUGAUGCACUGGAUAAAUAACAGAGACCUGAAAGAAACCUCAAUGCACAAAUUAUUUUUGUGACCUAUUUUCACCUUUUUAAUGUUUAUUUUGAUUAUUGCACAAAUGCAUAUUAAAAGGAUAGGUUUCAAAACGCUCUUCUGAGAAUAAAUAUCGUUGUUUUCUUUUUCUGGGGCUAAAUUUAUACAUUUCCAAUGAAAUGCAAAUGGUGCAAGGCCAACAGGAAGGCAUGUCAUUGUUUCUUUCAGGAAUAUAUGUCCUAUAAUAUAUAAAAGUCAAUGUUUCACUUUUUAUGCACUGUAAAUCAGUUUUGUUAUUUUAAUUUACAAUCCUAAAUUAAAACAUCAUGUUUUUAUAAAGACAAAACUAAAAUUACCAAACACUAUUCAUUUGGACCAUAGAUUUACUAUGGCUACUUAUAUAAAUGAAAUAAAAAGAAUAAAACGGCUUCACUUCUUCCAAAAAGAAUUGAUAUUGCAGUGAAAAUAUUGGCAGUGCUGUGCAUUUAUAUUACUAAUUUAAAGAAAGACUUAAAGCCAGGCCUUAUUUCCUCAUGUGAAAUCAGAACAAUUCCUAGAGAAGCCCAUGAGAGCUUAAUAACCACACAGUGUCUGAGUCAAGCACAGGGCUGAUUAUUAUUCAAUACAUGUCCAGUGUAGCAUUUGUUUCCAAAUCCAUUUUGAUGUGAUGCUGUCUUUUGGACAGCACUCUGCAGCAAACAGAUAUUUUCUGCUUUUUAACUCAACAUAGUUCUGUUUCUCUUUCAGUUUUAGAGUAACUAAACCUUAAACUCAACUCACCCGACACAGAUUGUCUUCUUUGUGUGCCUUGUACAAGUAAAGGUUUUCUUUUAUAUUUAUGAACAGACUGUAAUACAAAUUGUAUGCCAUAAUUAGAUUUAAACACAUUUUAUAUUUGUCCUGCCAUAAAAUAUCCCACAUGAGGUGUUUCACAGUUAGUGGCUGUCGACUUUGAUUUCUGGCUGAGCAUAAAUCUGAACAAACUCACCACGACGGGUGGCACAAAGAUUAUUUUUCUCCCUCGUGUCAAUAAAUAUGGCAAGCAAAGCUUUACAAAAACCCCUCUCAGAACGAGUUUUUAUUUUCCCUGAGAUUCAGCACUGAGAAAGAUUAUGAAAAGGCUUGACUACGAUGUGGCAUCAUCAAUAUGUUAUUUUCCUAUCAAGGUUUUUACUGUAGUGGCAUUGAUAUAUUAUCCACGGCGGAUUAUUUUUACAACACUUUAUUUUUACUUCUUGAAAACGUAUGUGUUUAUAUGAAAGGUUAGAGCAGGAAUAUAGCCUGGCACAACACUUGAUUCUAAUUUGAAAAUGACUCACACAACUUAUGAUAAGAUUAGGGAAUAGAAGCGAGAAGGGAGAUUGUACAGAUCAAUGGGGAAGAAACACCACCUUGAAUAUUGCUGGCUUUUUCUCAAUGUUCCAGUUAAGUUUUAAUUAAAUUGUUCAACAAUUCUGUUGAAAAAGCCAUGUUGUCUUUUUUUUCAUGACAGAGAACAUAAGAGGUGGGAAUAUAGUGAAAUAAAGGGAACUAAUUACUGAGGGAAAGGCUGUAGAUAUGACUCAACUACCAAUGAGUUCAAAAGCCUUACAGCGUUUUGUAUAAUCAGUCUGGAAUGAAUGUUUCUGUUUCAAAAAGUGUUUCAUUAAAGCAGCUCCAUUUUUACACAAAA